ACACACACACAAAUACACACACACACACACACACACACACACACACACACACACACACACACACACACACAGAGGCGUCAGUGCGCGGGAAGAUUGGGCUUCGCACCCCGGUGUCCGGGGAGACAGGGCGCAGGAGCCGGUGCGGUUCGGCUCGUCCGGAGCGGGUUCCCGGCCUCAGUCCAGGACAAGACCAAGGGAAGGGGCAGGACAGGGCAGGGCAGGGGGAGGAUGUCUGCGCCCAGGCACCUCCCGGCUAUGCCCCUUCCUCCCGUGCCCCUGGCCGCCUCGCCAUGCAGGAGGCAGGAGAGCGCCUGAACCAGAUGGAGUUUGUAUUCCCGGGGCCAACAUGCGGAAGAUGAACGGCCUGAGUGUCUGCCUUCUCCUCUGGGAUCUGCUGGACCUGGCGCUGGGCUACCUGACCGUCAGCAUCGAGCCCCUCCCUCCCGUGGUGGCUGGGGAUGCCGUGACCUUGAAAUGUAACUUCAAGACCGAUGGCAGGAUGCGGGAGAUCGUCUGGUACCGGGUGACUGACGGAGGAACCAUCAAACAGAAGAUCUUCACGUUUGAUGCCAUGUUCUCCACCAACUACUCUCACAUGGAGAACUACCGGAAGAGAGAAGACCUGGUGUACCAGUCCACCGUGAGGCUCCCCGAAGUUCGGAUCUCGGACAACGGGCCCUAUGAAUGCCAUGUGGGCAUCUACGACCGGGCUACCCGAGAGAAGGUGGUCCUGGCGUCGGGCAACAUCUUUCUGAAUGUCAUGUCUCCUCCCACUUCCAUCGCGGUCAUAGCAGCUGAUUCUCCUGCCCCCUUCAGCCGCUAUCAGGCCCAGAACUUCACCCUGGUCUGCAUCGUUGCUGGAGGAAAACCAGCCCCCAUGGUUUACUUCAAACGCGACGGGGAGCCCAUCGAGGCAGUCCCCCUGCCGGAGCCCCCUAUUGGGGCCGCCGCCCUCCAGGACAGCCGUGCCUUCCGCAGCCUCCUGAACCGUGACCUGGAUGACACCAAGAUGCGGAAGUCACUGUCCAUCCUGGACGUGCAGGGCCGGGCCGGGCGGCCCCCAACAGAGGACCCGUUCCGGGGCCGGACCCCGGACCCCGGCCUCCUCUCCAACCCCACCCCCGAGAGCAUCCCGGAGACCGUGGUGAGCCGGGAGUUCCCGCGCUGGGUCCACAACACGGAGCCCGUCUACUUCCUCCACCACAGCCACGUCCCCGUGAGCGACGGCACCGUGGAGGUGCGGGCCCUGCUCAUGUGGACCCUGAACCCACAGAUAGACAACGAGGCACUCUUCAGCUGCGAGGUCAAGCACCCUGCCCUCUCCAUGCCGAUGCAGUCCGAGGUCACGCUGGUUGCUCCCAAAGGCCCCAAGAUCAUGAUGACUCCAACCAGAGCUCGAGUGGGGGACACCGUGAGGAUCCUGGUGCAUGGCUUUCAGAAUGAAGUCUUCCCCGAACCCUUGUUCACCUGGACCCGGGUCGGGAGUCGCCUGCUUGACGGCAGCGCUGAGCGUGAUGGGAAGGAGCUGGUCUUGGAGAGAGUGCCAGCCGAGUUGAAUGGCUCCAUGUAUCGCUGCACUGCCCAGAACGCCCUGGGGUCCACAGAUACCCACACCCGGCUUAUUGUGUUCGAAAACCCAAAUAUUCCCAGAGGAACAGAGGACUCCAAUGGUUCGGUUUGUAGCCUCGUCGGCAUCAGGCUCACGUUGAUGCUUGCCCUAACAGUGAUCUUGGAGCUGACGUGAAGCCUCACCGCCUGUCUCCUUCCAGUGGCUUCCACCUGGCAUUUACAUCUCCGUCGAUCGGUUUUCAUUUCUUUUCUAAACUAUUUACAGUCUUGUUCUCGGUCUCUUUCCGUCUGUGUCUUGGCUUCUUCGGUCGGUUUAAUUAAAAACAAAACGAGAAAAUUUUUCCCUGG